CACCUGGCCAUCAGCUGACAGAGUCCUGGUGUCUCUCUAACCAUGGAAGACUGGUGUUAUCAAUACAUCCAUUAUGUAGAGGCCAGGAGAGGUGAAGUAACCAGCCAUAGUCACUCAGGCAAAAAGUGGCAGAGCCUGGAUGGAUACCCAGGUCUCUGAGGUUUCCCAUCUGCCAUGAGUCAUCUGGAAUGAGUCCUAGUGAGCACAAAGAGUACCUGUGCUGCCUUUACCAUGGCAGCCCUGACUGGCUUCAGCCAAAUCUUUGCUUGCAGACCGGUUUCUGUAGCUACAAAAAAGGGACUGGGAUUAGAAUCAGUGAGCUGCCAAACAGAACCUUGCUCUGUUCUAGGUUGAGUGCUAGAACACUGAGUGCUCUUGCCUCAUUGAAUCCUCGCAGACAGUAGAAAUGGGUGCUCAGGGAGGUCAGGGAACUCUGGGAGGUCACACAACACAGAAAAGGGCUGCAUUUAUUAGCCCAUUUUACAGAUGAGGACAUGAAAGUGGCAUAAGAAGCUGCAGGACUGUUUGACUCCAAAGGCGUGCCAGUCCUAACCAUCUGACCACUUUGCCCCUUGGAGAGCCAUGAAAAAUUCUCUGGCCUUGCUGCAUCCAGGGAGGGGGGAUAGAGAGCCAGCUGGGCCCAUAAGGAUCUGUGACUUUACCUUUUGGAGAAGUAGGAAGCCCUGGACACUCCUGGACCAGAUGAAAGGUAGGCUGGGCCUCCAUGGCAUCCCCAUUUUCUCACCUUCCUCCCUGGCUGGCCCCCAACUCUGGGUUCUAAAUGACCCUCUCUCCUUUUGCAUAUGCAAAGUGUGAGACCCUGCCCUGGGAGAAAGAGUGGGGAGUGGUCUUCAUAGCCAUAACCCUGAGGUUGGGCAGAUGGAGUAAGAGUACCCACGGACUCUGGAGGCAGAAUUUUCUAGGUUUCACUCCCUACUUAGCUACUUCUGGGCAGCGUGACCAUGGAGAGGUCCUUAUCGCUCAGAGUGUCCUUGCAAGAUGAUCGUAAAAAUAAACCAAGAAAACAUAGGCCAGGGCUUUGGAUCUCCAAGGAGGCCUUCUCCCCUGUCUCAGCUGGCACCAUGCCCAGACUAUGGGCUCAAGACUUCUCAUCUGUAAAAUAGGCAUAGGAAGUUUAAAUAGAUAAUGCAUGCAAAUGUCCAGCACUUCCAGGGGUCCUUGGAAGGGUAGGUGCCUUGAGGGUGCAGACACCAGAGGCAUCCCCCAGUAGGGGUUCAGGGCUCACCCCCAAGUUUGGGGGCAUUCUUUUGUGUUUCCCAGCCAUUUAGCCCAAACAGGUCAGCUGAACCCAUGACAGAGCCAGGCGCGAUCAACCCACACCCCAUCCUGAUUUUGACCCAUACAUGGAGCCCAGAGCAGUAGCCCAGGCUUCCCACAGUGCCAGUUGGCCUGAAAGAGAUUGUACGGUGUCUGGGAGAGUAUCCCCCCGGGCGGGGGUGGAGGGGUGGGGUGGGGAGAGGGUCACAAAGGACCUGGCACCAGGAACAGGGAAAGGCCUGGGAUCACAGAGACCCCUGGGCAUCCCAGAAAGGUCAUGGGCUGCGUUGAGCAGGGGUGUCUGGAGGCCAGCCGCCGCACAGGCAGCCCAGAAAGGAGAUCAGGCUAGUGCAUCCGCGCCAGAGGAUGGGGGAACACGCUCAGAGGCGGAAGGGGCGCGCGGAAACCCCCAUGGGAAGCCGGCAGGGGCACGCGAGGCGGUUGGCCGCAGCGGGGGCGGCGGCCGUUGGAGAGCAGCGGCCUGGGCCAGGCGAGGUCUGGCGUCUGGCCAGGCCCGGGGCCACCAUGACCAAGGACUCGCCCAGCCCUUUGGGCAGCGGCCGCGCGACACCCAAGAAGCCGGGUAGUCCGGGUCCAUCGGCGGCGGUGCUGGAGGAGCAAAGGCGGGAGCUGGAGAAGCUGCGGGCGGAGCUGGAGAAGCUGCGGGCGGAGCUGGAGGCGGAGCGGGCGCGCGGACGCGCGGCGACGCAGCGCUUCGCGUCCCAGGCGCGCCAGCUGCGGGAGGCGGCCGAGCGGGAGAGGCAGCAGCUGGUUGACCAUCUGCGCUCCAAGUGGGAGGCUCAGCACGACCGGGAGCUGCGGCAGCUGCAGGAGGACAUGCUGCGGGAGCGUGAGGCCGAGAUUCGGCAGCUGCUGCGCUGGAAGGAGGCCGAGAUGCGGCAGCUGCGGCAGCUGCUGCACCGCGAGCGCGACGCCGUCAUGCGCCAGGCCCGGGAGCUGCAGCGCCAGCUGGCAGAGGAGUUAGUGAACCGUGGCUACUGUGGCCGCGCGGGGGCGCCCGACGUCGCUGCUGCUCAGUGCCGCUGUCGCCUGCAGGAAGUGCUGGCACAGCUUCGCUGGGACACCGACGGCGAGCAGGCCUCGCGCAUCCGACACCUGCAGGCAGCGCUCGACGUGGAGCGCCGGCUCUUCCUCAAGUACAUCCUACAGCACUUCCGCUGGCAUCCCGCUUUGCCCGUCUCCCCCGACCCCCAAGCCGUGCAUUCUUUGGAAGAGCCGCCCCUCCAUACCGCCGGCAACUCCCCCGGGCUCCCAAAGUCCGUCUGUAAACUCGAAUCCUUGAAUACUGACAGCCUGAGCGCUGGCAUCCGCCUGCGCUCCCGCUCCCUAGACGUGGUGCCAGCCAGGUGCUCCAACUCCCCAGACAGCCUGCUCCACACGCCGCGCUCCUGCUCUCUCGAUUCUUUGGCACCAGCGCGUUCCCGCUAUCUCGACAGCACCCUCAGUUGCCCCAAAGCCCCUGAAUCCAAGAAGCCGGCCUCCUGGCCAGACGCCCCCAUCUUAGGCUCCUCGAGUCCUCCGCCCCCGCUACCCCCACCACCGCCACCGCCAUCGAAGCACAGGAGACCUAGUGACUCUCUAGGAGAGGACUCCGGGAGCCAGCCCUGCGAGGCCCUGACUCCCUCGCCGCCGGAUCUGGACUAUCAGGAGCUGGUGAAGCAGAACUCGGAACUGUCAGAGGCGUUGCAGGUGCUGGCACGCCGCUGCUCGGGACUGUGGGAGGAGAACGUGCAGCUGUGGCGCGCAGGUUUCCAGGACAAGUCCGACGAGGUGAAGCGGCUCAAGGUGAAGCACGCGGAGCUUGCAGGCCUCGCGAGGCGCCUAGAGGACCGGGCCCGAAAGCUGCAAGAAACCAACCUGCGGGCUGUGAGCGCGCCUGUGCCAGGCGAGAGCCGCGCUGGCCUGGAACUGUGCCAGGCCUUUGCCCGCCAGCGCGCGCGGGACUUGUCGGAGCAGGCAAGCGAGCUGCUGGCCAAGGACAAACAGAUCGAAGAGCUGCGGCUGGAGUACCACUUGCUGCAAGCUCGCGUCGCCUCAGGCAUGAAUAGUGUCCCGCACCCUGGCGGGGGUGCUGCCCAAGCCCAGUGGCUCAACAUCAGUGAGUUGGACCGGCUGCAGCGCGAGUCCCAGCGGGAGGUGCUCCGCCUGCAGAGACCGUUGACGAUGCAGCAGUCCACCGGCCGCGCCCGAGCUGAGGCGGACGGCGAGAGCGCACCCUUCGAGGAGGCGCGGCGCCAGGUGCAGGCACUGGAGCUGGAGCUGGGCGCCCAGGCGGCCGCGGCUCGGUGCCGCGGCGAGGAGGGUGAAGCACAGCUGCGGGCGGCGCUACGCGAGGAAGCCUGGCUGGCGCAGGAGAACGCGCGGUUGCAGGCUCAGGCCGACUGGACGCGGAAGGUGGCGGCGGAAAACAGCGAUGUGCGCGGGCAGCUGGGCUGCGCGUGCCAGGAGCGCGACACCGCCGGCAUGCUGGCGGAGCAGCUGCUACAGCAGGCUGCGCGCGGGCAGGACAGGCAGCAACAGCUGCAGCACGACCUGCAGAAGGCCCUGCGAGAUCUCCAGGCUGCUAGGGAGGAGAUGCUGGCGCUGCAGUGUCAGACUGGUUACCUUCCCCAGGAAUCCCGGGAGGCCCCCCAAGUCCCGGAGGCUCAAGUCAGAGAUAGUGGAAGGACCAAGUUCCAGCUGGCGCCUGAAGAGCAAGCAGCUUCACAGCCCAGUGCAGACAAACAGGGAAAUCAGGAAGCUUCUCAGCUGGAAAGUCCAAUUGCUAUCAGGGAGCCAGCCAGUGACCCUCAAGUGCCAGACAGAGUCCCAGCCAGCGGACCUCUGGACUCCGGGUCCCUAGCCAAGAAAACUAGCUCCCAGUCGAAUUCUCCCUCUGAGUUGGAGUCCAUAUGGACCACGGUGCCAUCUUGUCCUCCUCUGGAUAUGGACACAGCCAGCGAGGUGGAGGAUCUGGAGCCUGACGGUGUGUCCUCUACCUUGGAAGCGAGGAGCUCAGAGGCCCCCCUGACCCCUAAGCUCAAGAUCUUCCUGGCUCAGUAUAGCUACAAUCCUUUUAAGGGGCCUAAUGAACAUCCUGAGAGUGAACUGCCCCUCACAGCUGGAGAUUAUGUGUAUGUUUUGGGGGACAUGGAUGAAGAUGGAUUUUAUGAAGGGGAGCUUGAGGAUGGCCGGCGGGGGCUGGUGCCCUCCAACCUGGUGGAGCAGAUUCCAGACAGUGACAUCCUGGGCUGCCGGUCCCCCAAGUCCCCUGACUUCAGCCCUACUCGACUCCUAGGUAGACACAGAAAGUUUUUGAAGGAAGACACUGGUCACAGCUUGUUGCCUGGGAAAGCCCAGGGAGCUAUGGACAAGGGGACAUGCCAGAUGGUGAGGGCAGGCUCCAAGACAGAAGUGGCAAUAGAGAUCUCAGAUGCCAAGAGAGAAGAAGACAGCUGGCUGGGCUCGCUGCAGUAUAGGGAGGAGAAGGGCUUCUCUAGACCCCUUCUGGGGGCCACAGGGGCUUUUUGCGUGGCUCCCGUGCAACUACACCUGCAGAGUGUUGCAGCCACAUCAGCCAAGAUUACCUGGGUCUACAGCAGCAGCAACCACCCCCAUAUGGUAUACCUCAAUGACCAGGAGCAUGCCCUGACCCCAGCAGGUGUGUGCUGCUACAUCUUCCACAGCCUGCAUCCUAGCACACGGUACCGGGCACGAGUGGAGGUGCAGCUGCCAUGGGACUUGCUGCAGGUGCACUGGGAAACAACGUCCUCCACCAUCACCUUUGACACACCGCUGGCAGGACCUCCUCACCCUCCUCUGGAUGUGCUGGUGGAGCGCCAUGCCUCACCAGGCAGCCUAGUGGUCAGCUGGCUCCCUGUAACCAUCCACUCUGCUGGGUCAUCCAACGGAGUCCAGGUCACUGGCUACGCUGUGUAUGCUGAUGGGUUCAAGGUUGCAGAGGUUGCUGAUGCCACUGCUGGGAGCACCCUGUUGGAAUUUUCCCAGCUCCACCUGCCCCUGAUGUGCCAGAAUGUCUCUGUGAGAACCAUGUCGCUUUGUGGUGAGUCCCUGGAUUCAGUGCCAGCCCAGAUCCCUCAUGACUGUUUCACCUGUCACCAAUUGCCAGAGACUUCUUCCUUUAGCUACACCUGUGGUGACCUGUCUACCUGCAGAGUCACAGUCCCUGUCCAUCCUCAGAGGCUGGCACUGGCUCCCCUGAGUGCUAAAGCCAGCCCCCACACUCCUGGAAGCUGCAGGGAGCCCCAGGUCGAGUUUCUAGAAGCAUUCCCUGAAGAACCCUCAAAGAGGCAGUCCCUGAUGUGCAACCUGAGUUCAGAGGGAGAAUGUGCAAGUGUGGGGUCUGGCAGCCAACCCCAGGGGCCUAUAGGGGCCCAGGAGGUCUGCAGAAAGGACUUGCUCUUUCAGAAGAGUUCCCCAAACCACAGACCACCUCUGCUCAGUGGACAGUCUAGGGGAGAAGAAAACUGCUACUGGCACAUGGGCGCCAGAAAAAGCCAUGCUUCGGGAGUCAUCCAUCUGUUCCCAGAGUUUGGGCUUGAGAAGCAACCAUAUCAGGAAAAGGCUGCUUUUGAAAAGGUCCUUAGUCAAAAGCAAGAUACCGAUGUGUUUGCCCCUCCCCAGCUGGACACCAGCCAACCAUAUGUGUCUGACUUCCACAACAUUUUGCAGGAGGAGGAGGCAGUGCACGUCAAUCUGUGGGGCCCAGAGAGGCGAGAGCAGAGAAAGGAGAUUAGGACCCAGAACGGGAGCUGUCAGGCUCUGGGGAGCAAGAGAGAGUGCCAGCUCCUGGAGCCCAGCCCAGCACUUUGUCCAGCUCCAUCCAGCAAAGUCAUUAAGAUGUUCAGGGGUGGCCCCUCACCACUGGGGACAGAGGUGGACACUUUGGCCAGGGUCUUUGUGGCCCUCUUUGAUUAUGACCCCCUGGUGAUGUCUGCCAACCCCGAGGUUGCAGAGGAGGAGCUAGCCUUCCAGAAAGGGCAGCUGCUAAGAGUGUGGGGCUCUCAGGACCCUUGUGGCUUCUACCAUGGUGAAUGCAAUGGGCAAGUGGGCAACAUACCUGGGCAUCUGGUGGCCGAGGUAAAGGUAGGCACAGAGGAGACUGAUGGGAUGUGGCAUUUGCCAGCACAAGGGCACCUGUCCUCUGUGGCCCACCUCGAUGACUUUGGGGGGCUCACCAGCCCCCAAGGCUCCUUUCCUAUGCCCCAAGGGAACCCCCGGAGGUCACCACUGUGGACUCCAACAACCAUGAUGACAGCUUUGGACUAUGACCCCAAGGAUGGGCGAGCAGGGGGCCAGGUGAAGGACAAGCUGUCACUGAGGGCAGGGGAUAUGGUCAUGGUCUAUGGGCCUGUGGAUGACAAGGGAUUCUAUUAUGGGGAGUCAGGUGGUCACAGGGGCCUGGUCCCAGCCCACCUGCUGGAUCACCUUCCCCUCCAUGGAAAGUGAGCAAGGCUCCUGCCGGGGUAGUGGCCUCUGGCCACCCACACCCCGCCAGAGGAGAAGCAAGCACUGGGACCCUAACUCCAGCAUCCCUCCUCGACUCUGUGAGCAGUACUUGUCAGAAUGUCACUGUGAGAAAUUGACACCAGUCCCCAGGAGUCCCCUGGCCUCUGAGAGGAGCAGGGCUUCAGUCUGAACUGAGCUGUUCCCAAAAGAAAACAGAACAAGCAGCCCACGAGAGUCUGACAGGCUGUUUUGGAGUUGUCAGUGACUAUGACAGGUAUUUGGAGAAGGGCCUUUUUCUGUGCUCAGUAUGCAUUUUCUCUAGGAGUUUCUUUAGAAGUGUCCUCAUCCAUUGCGUUGUAUGAAAGUCUCAAGAAAAGCCUGCCUCUUAAAAAAAAAAAAGUGACCAGAAUGUUAUUUUUCUAUCUUAUGUUCAACCCCUCAUUAAAAUGUUCAUAGAAAAAAGAAAAAUAAUACUUCAGAAGUAAAA